AUGGCGACCACAAUAUUGGGCAUUGAUAUGAGCAGGGCAUUUGAUACAAUCCGCAGAGACAAGCUAAUGGAGAUCCUCAAAACUAUUCUUGACAAUGACUCGAUCAGAAUGGUUCGAGCACUACUUAUAGACACCGAGUUAACGGUGAAGAUCGGACCCGUACAAUCAAGAUCUUUCAAAACAAGCAUUGGAACGCCCCAAGGUGAUUCAAUAUCACCUGUACUAUUCAUUGUCUAUCUUGAAGCGGCACUAAGAGAUCUGAGAAAACUAGUGAAGACCACUUCAAUAACUGAAGUGAUAUAUGCCGACGAUGUAGACUUUUUGUCUCAUGAUAAGUCGACACUCGAAGAACUGCUGAACAUUGCUCCCCAGGCACUGGAAAAAUGGUUCUUAAAAGUGAACAUAGAAAAAACCGAAUAUGUAACAAUCAACCGGGAGGCAAAUAGAACAGACGAAAAAUGGCGAAACUCGAAAAAAGUUGGAACUCUUUUAGGAGAUAGUGAAGACAUUAUGAGGAGAAAGAUGCUAUCGACUGUUGCACUUAACAAACUGCGGACCACUUGGCUACGAAACCGCGAGGUUGGAACGGCCUUACGUGCCAAAUUAUACAAUGCUUUUAUUAAACCCAUACUUUUGUACAACGGAGGAACAUGGGGAAUAUCUGAGUCUGAAUCAAAAUCUCUUGAUGCAUUCCAUAGAAGACAGUUAAGAAUUCUUAUUGGCAUCAACUGGCCAAAGAAAAUCAAGAACUCCACCCUAUACAAUAUCUGCAACAGCAGACCCGUCAGUGUGGACAUUACCGAAGCACGUUGGCGCCUAUUGGGCCACAUUCUAAGACUCGACCAGGAUGUUUAUGCUAACUGGGCAAUGGAAUCAUAUUACGCAAAGGACGAAAGAUCUGCGUCCCGAGGACGCCCACGAAAUACAUUACCUAUUGUAAUCUCAAAAGAACUACAACGCGUUAAAAGACAACUGAAAAAUGGAGACGACCUAGAUACUCUCAGGAGUAUAGCAUACAACCGCACAUCAUGGAAAAUUAUGACCGAAAAGAUAGUCUCAUAUGUGGCACAUGUGGGAACUUAA